AUGGCUCGUCGCGCUCGGAAGGCCCAUAGUCCUUCAUCCAGCGAGAGCGAGUUGUCUGAUCAAGAAAGCGUCGUGGACAAUCAAUCCGACACUGAUCUGACGGAAUUCGAGGAUAACGCAGAGCAACCAGGGGACAUCAACGAUGCAGCUCUACUCUUCGCCGACAAUAAGCACUCGCCCGAGUACUACAUCCAACAACUCCAAAACUUUGACGAGACGGUGUACACUCAGGAGGAUUACGGCAAAGACCUAAACAACGAAUAUCGUCGUAUAUCGAUCCCAAUUCUAUAUAACUUCCUUAAAUGGACUCUUAAUCUACGACGGGGCAAGAAUAGGCGAAGGCUUCCAGGAAUUAAGUGCAAAAGCUCCUUAGAUAUAUUCUAG